AUGGAAACAAGUUCAUCACCAAGUCAAACAGGUGGGAAACAUGCAGAAGUAAAAACACCACGUGGCAUCAUAUUAAAACAAUCUCAAGUUGUUGAUGGUUUAGGAGCUUGGAGCUCUCUUCCAAUUGUUGAAGGAGGUCUAUUUGGUCCAUUUGCUAGAGAUGUGGAAAAUGAAAAAGAUGCUAAAGCCUAUACAUGGGAAGUCUAUGAUGCUUGUACAAAUGAACUUCUGCAAGUUGUGAAUGGGACAGAUGCAGUAAGUGCAAGUUGGAUGCGUUACAUCCGUAAUGCAAGAUUCUUUGAAGAACAGAAUAUGAUAUCUACCCAAGUAGGCGCACAAACUUUUUAUAAAGCCAUAAAGGAUAUUGGUCCAAAUGAAGAAUUGCUUACCUACUUAGGCCAUGCUGAACGCAGAAAUCAACAAAUGGAAGCAGAAGAGACUCUAUGUGAAAAAAUUUCCAAGAAAAGAGUUCGUCCAAAAAAAUGUGACAAAAAUGGAGAAGCCACAUUUGAUGAUGAUGAUGAUGAGAAACAGGAAGCGAUUACAAUUAAUUUAUGCAGUGAACUGUUUGACUACAUUGAAGAUUUAGUGGAGCACACUCACCAUCACAUGACCUCUCCCCCAUCGGUUGCAUCAAUGGUACCUGUGAAAACCCAAUUGGUUUGUUCUACUUGCAAUAUGAAAUUCACUUAUAAGCAAAAUUUUAUAAGACACCAGGCUGUUCAUUCUGGUGAGCGGCCAUUCCAGUGUGAGUUUUGUUUCCGGACAUUCCCCACACAAAUCAGUCGUAAGCAGCAUAUUCGUAUUCAUAUUUUCAACACCAAAAAUAAAACUGUGACCAAUAAUAAGAACAGCAGCACAACCACUACCACCAGCAGCAGCAGCAGCAAAAUUGUAUCUGUGCCAGUUGUGAAGCAGACUGUAAAAGUUGAACCAGAAGCAGAUGUUCCAAACCGGGAUGGUCUUCUCAGCCAGUCUACUGUUGAUCUGAGUGCCUGCAAGAAUCUCCAAGUAUACACAUGCUCCAAAUGCAGAAGUUCCUUCCCAACGGUGACUCGAUUGCAUUCGCACAUCGUUCGUUGUGCCACCAACCCUCCCAGCAUGGCUGGCAUAACCAGCAAUGUCAUUGGCAAGCACAAGUACAAGAAGCGUUUGAAGAAGAGGCUACAUGGCCUUGCCAAGCACACAGAUGAAUCUCUCAAAUGUACAACUGGCACAGUUACCAACCCAGGUGGCUCUGUCAAAUACACAGCUCACCCAAAUUCCAACACGGGUGACACUUGCAAAUGCUCAUUUGACUGCCUUGCCUACCCAUGUAGCCCUUUCAAACCCACAAUUGUCCACCCAUUUGACUCUUUCAAAUACACAUUUGGCUCAAUUGCCAACUCAAGUGACCCUAUCAAAUACACAGUUGACACAACUACCAACCCAGGUGACUCUAUCAAAUGCUCACCUGACUCAGAUUCCCACGCAAGUGAUCCUUUCAAAUGCACACCUAACACAGCUGUCAACCGAGAUGCCUGUUCCAAGUACACCACACUUGACUCAGUCGCAAGUGCAAGUGAUUUCGUCUAA